UUGUCUUCUAUAUAUUCCUCAUAAGAGCCCAGGACCUUUCAGACCAAUGCAGAAACAACCACAGAACUAUGAGAAACCACAGAAUGAGCUUGCACAGAUGGAAAGGAAUUCUUAUGAUUUGCCGUCACAUGACGCUCUCUCCAAGAUUCUCCCAGAUUAUCUUCACCUCCUUAAAAAUCCCAAAAACAGGACAGAACCUGCAGAAGAGAAAAUGUCAGACUCUCAGCUCAAUCAAACAUAUGACGUGUACUCACCACACAGAAGUCCCCCUAUACCGGAUUUAGAAGAGGAUCCUCAUGCAGCUGAAGUCAAUGAACAUCAAAAUAAAGAGUUGGAAAACUACCGUACAGCUAUGCACAAGAUGGCCGAUGACAUAAUCGCGCUGCGCUCUAAGGUGAGCGGUCUGGAGUCUGAGAACAGUGAGCUGCGACGUGACCUCUCCCUGCAUCAGAAUCUGGGCCACACCCUGCUUGAUGACGUCGAUAUUGACGUCAUGACCAAAACUGAGAUGGCUGACCAGAUCGCCUCUCUGAAGUUCAAGCUGGCCAGUGAAAGCAGCGCGGCGGCUGCCCAAAAGGACAGAAUACAACAGCUUCAGAACGAGCUUAUCAGGAAGAAUGACAUUGAGAAAGAGUUUGUCCAGCUUCAAAGAGCCCAUCAGCAACAGCAGGCCGUGCUAAAGAGAUACCAGGCUAGUGGCAGGAAAAUUAUGGCUCUGGAGGAUACAAUUCGGCAACAGGAAAAGGUCAUUGAAAAAAUGGAGAAAAUAUUGGAUGUAAAACUGAAAGAAAGAAAUCAAGACAAUUCAGAGAAGAAAAAAGCAGCAAUGAAACAUAAAGAUGAAGAAGAACACAAGAGGAGAGAAAUCGAGUCUGUGCUAGCAUCAGAAAACUCUCGACUCAGACUGGAACUGGACAGGCUCCGUAAUCAACCCCCUCCUAUCAUAAUUCAACAACCUGUGCAGUCCCAUCAGAAUUUCUCAGAUAGUGAGAAGUUGGAGUUAUUAACACAGUUGGCAAGAGCUGAAGGUCGAAUCCAGACACUGGAACAACAGCUUAAAGAGAACUCUAAACAAUGGGGGAAGGACAAACAAGAGAUGUUGACCAGAAUCAGUGAAUAUGAACAUGGAUUUGCUCAAACAUCAACCAUGAUUCUUCAUGACCUUCCUGUUAAAAGUGUGACUGAUUCUGUGAUGGGACGUGUACGACAUAGACAACUGGAACCUCUGAAAUGAUCAUGCCUCAACAUUGCAUGUAUUUAAAAGGAAAAAUAAAAAUCUAAUUAUGUAUAUAAUUGUUUUCUAUUAAUAAAAC